AGUUUUUAAAGAUGGAGACUGCAUCGGCUGCCGAGAGGAAGGCUAAUGGAUUUUGCAGAUAUUACAUACGUGGAGAAUGCAGGGAGGGUGAUAACUGCAGGUUUUCACAUGACAGCAAAGAUGUCCCUAUAUGCCACUAUUACCAGGAAGGACGCUGCUUAUUUGGAAAAAAUUGUUGGUACAAUCACCCUGAUGAGCAACUUUUCAUGCCUGCUGUUUAUCCAGCCAUAGCUGUUAUUGAAAUGGGUGCCGUUGAAGCAGGAGGCAACCUUAACCUGCUGUUGGCUGCUGCUGUCGCCGGGGUACAAACAGAUGAUGAUGACAGCAGCAGUGAUGGUGACCAUGGGCGUGACCCUUUGACAUUAGACGAUGCUAUGGAACUGUGGAACAGACUUAGAAGGAGACAAGCUCGUGAGCAAUCAAAUGAAGCCGAGCAAAUAGAAGAAGACAGCGAUGCAUCAAGUAACGACUCCGACGCGUCUAUCUGCUUAGAGAAACACAUCCACGAGUUCUUUCACGAAAUCCGAAACCACGACUUGAGUUUAUGGGACAUUGAAACGGUGUAUAAGCUCAUCUCUAAUCUAGCUGAACUGUCUAUCAAAGAAUUUGACGAGUAUAACAUCGCAUUGAGCUUAAUCUUGGGAGAAACUGUCCGUCAUUGGCGCCCGUCUGCCAGUAAUACUGCAGAAUUGUUCUUGAAGAUAUGUGAGAAGGACGGCGCAGAUCUUUCCAGUUUAAUUCUUACGCUGUGUAACGCGCCAGUUAGAGUCAAAUUUCUGGAGACCCACAUAGCAUGUAUUUUGACGGUCGCGCAAAGGACUUUCACCAAGGAGUGGUCCGCAGAGGCGGUCGGGAAACUUCUUCAAGUUGUCGAAGACAAUGGGUUUAAUAUUGAUGCUACAGAGGUUUUUCAUCGCAUGGGAAAAGAACUAGGGGACCCUGAGUCAUUAGGAAAGCUCGUUCGGGAAUAUCUCCUGGCAACAGGCGAUAAAGAUUCUUUCAAUUGUAGGUGUAAGACGGCUGAAUGUGAAUGUACAGUUACAGUGGACGAAGGACUUGCUUACAUCGUUUUCGCAGGACUGGAGAGGAAGAUGAAUUGGGACGACGAAAAGAAAUUAGCGUUCUUCAGGAGUGCCACAGAUACGUUAUGGGCGCCUGAUGUUUUGAACGAAUUAGGUGAACUUUUCAGUAUAAAGGAUCCCAUGAACGUUUGCCAACCUCGAGUAGACAAACGCCUCAACUGGAAUGCGAAGGAGUUUGUGAAGGCUGAAGAGCACGCUGCUACAGAGAGACCGUACACGAAACCAAACAACCCAAGAAAAUAUCAGUGCAAAGGAGCAAGAUGCUCAAACCAGCCCAAGAAAGGCUGCGAAUUUGAAAUGUGUGGACGGUGUUGUAAAAAGAUCGCCGAGCCAUGUUCUGUCCACGAUGAUGCGUUUAGUGUAUUUGAGCCCCCAGUUUUUGAACGGAAUUUAAGCUUCUACAUGAUUGAACCCAAAGUUUUCUUCAGUUCUAGGGAUGACCUGGAUGAUAUCAGCGGUAUUCCUACACCAUUCCGAAGUAUUACAUUCGGUUCAGAGUUUUCUGUGCGGGAUGAUGACGUCAUAAAAGCCGUGGACCUCUGCAAGGACAAUUUAGUGGUACUAGAGCUUGGAUCCUCAGACACAGGGACUGGCGUAUGGUUGUCAGAUGUGGCCGUGCACCACAUUGCCAGCAACUGUCCCAAUCUGCGCAAACUCCGUUUGGAGUCCGUCACCGGUGCUACCGAUGCCGCGGUCAUUGACGUCAUGUAUAGGUGCCCGCUAAUGGAAGAACUAGAAGUCAGUGGUCAUGACCGCAGUUCGGGUUCCCUGACGGAUGAAUGUAUCAAGCGUUUGUUUGACAUGAGUGUGUUGCCAAACUUGAAGGGAUUGAUCAUCACUGAUCAAAUGCGCGUGCGCCAUGAUGUGGUGUAUCGACUGCGCAGGCGUCGACCCAAGCUGAAAAUCAUCGCUGGCGACACUGACAGCGACAGCAUGGCGCAUUCUAUGGUGCUUGGAAUGAUGGGGAUGUGUUAUGGGGACGGGCUAUAUUAA